UUAGUAUUUUUGCACUUCACAAAUUAAUGACCAUGAGUUCGUUUUUGAUAAACUCCAACUACAUCGAGCCCAAAUUCCCUCCCUGCGAGGAGUACACGCAGCACAGCGGCAGCGCCGGCAGCUCCGCCAGCUACCACCCGCACCACCCGCACCCGCACGCCCCGCCGCCGCCGCCGCCGCCGCCGCACCUGCACGCCGCGCACCCGGGCCCGGCGCUGCCCGAAUACUUCCCGCGGCCGCGCCGGGAACCGGGCUACCAGGCUCCUGCGGCGCCGCCGGGGCCGCCGGGGCCGCCUCCCGAGGCUCUCUACCCGGCGCAGGCACCCUCCUACCCCCAGGCGCCCUACAGCUACAGCAGCGCCGGCAGCGCCGCCCCGGGCCCCGAGCAGCCGCCCCCGGGCGCCUCGCCGCCGCCGCCGCCGCCCGCCAAGGGCCACCCCGGCCCGCCCCAGCCCCUGCUCCCAGGCCAUGCCCUGCAGCGCCGCUGCGAAGCGGCCCCCGCCGCCGGGGCCGGCACCGGGCCCGGCUGCCCGCUGCUGCCGGACAAGAGCCUGCCCGGGCUGAAGGGGAAGGAGCCGGUGGUCUACCCCUGGAUGAAGAAGAUCCAUGUGAGCACGGUCAAUCCCAAUUACAACGGAGGGGAGCCCAAGAGGUCUCGCACUGCCUACACCAGACAGCAGGUCCUGGAGCUGGAGAAGGAGUUUCACUUCAACCGCUACCUGACCAGGAGGCGACGCAUCGAGAUCGCGCACACCCUUUGCCUCUCCGAGCGCCAGGUCAAGAUCUGGUUCCAGAACAGGCGCAUGAAGUGGAAGAAAGACCAUAAACUGCCUAACACAAAGAUGCGCUCCUCAAACCAGUCCACACUGAGCCAGCAGUCCAAAGCACAGACACAGGGCCACCCCCAUCCGCUCGAUGGGGCUACACCCAACGCAGCCGCGCUAUAAAUACGGUUAUUUUUUUUUUUAAUAUAUAUAUAUAUAUAUUUACCUAUCUAUUGGGGUUUUCCAGCUGCCCCAUGGUGGAGGCUGGCCGUUUGGACCAAACAACUGUGUAAAACAAAACAGGAGCGGGAAAGGAAGACGAGACGUGCCCAAGAACGAGCACAUGUUUAAACCAAAACCCGGACGAUUGUCUACAUUGUAUAUAGAUAAUGGUUCCAUGCCCAUCAUUUUUUUUCUAUUUAUGGAAACGCUCUCUUGCCCUCGGUGUAAGAGAGGGCUGGAUGCUGUCACGGACGAAUUCUCUGUACCUAAGACGGACUCUUUUUUCA